AUGAAUAAACCCAGGUAAUUUUUAUUGUUAGAUGUGGAUUUGAAACCACGUGACAUUAGGCAACGUCAUCCUAGAUCUGGCCAAAUCUGGGGUAAAUUUGAGAUACAGGAGACGUAUUUCUGAUUUUAGCGAGGAUGGAGAAAAAUGAUAAAGAAGAUAACAGGUCUUGAGGAAAAAUUCACUCCAAAAAAUACACAAAUUCCGAUUUUCAGACGAAAAGAAGAUAACAAAAAGAAAACGCAAAAUGACGCAAAAAGUGUACUAAUAAGAUCAUCAGAUGAAAAGGGAGGAGUGAAGAAGAUCAACGGCGGUGGAGAAUUGACGAAACGGGCGUCGCUAACACGAUCAAUCGCUAUUGAUUGGGCCGCCGAUUUUUCGAAUCAAAUUGAUUUGAAAAUGUGCGAUUUUGUUGAGAAGGUUUUGAAAAUUGGUGAGGAAAGCAGGCACGCAACUUUUUUUGAAAAAUGAAAAAAAUCUGAAACAUGUGUGGCCGAAUUUCUAAUGUCGGAUAUUCGGCCACGAUGUUUUUCGAAUUUUCAAAAGUCAAAAACAAAUCAAAUUUCAGAAACCGAAACAACGCUAUCCGCCUAUUUUCUCAACAAUCUGAUAAAUGUUCAACCGGACGACAACACCUACACGAAAUUUCGCGAAAAUCCCACCAAAAACCGAAACAACGAUGUGUUUUGCACGGAUACAACGCGAGUUCGAUUGAAAACGGAUAAAUCGGAUGCGUCGGAUUACAUUCAUGCCAAUUAUAUAUCAAUCGAAAAUUCGAAUAAAGCAUUUAUCGCCUCACAACAUCCUCUGCCAAAUACAAUUGGCGAUUUUUGGAGUAUGGUGUAUAAUGAGAAUGUGGAAGUUAUUGUAAAUCUAACGAAUUUGGUUGGCCCAGAUUAUCCGAUUUAUUAUCCAACACGUCGUGGUGAAAACGUUGAAUACGGGCAAUAUCAAAUUGGCUGCAAAUCGGUUCGAAUUGGUGCCCAUAAACAUGGCCCAACAAUAUUUGUAAUCGACUUGAAACAGAUCGGAACCUCUCGAGCCAAUGAAGUUCACAUUAUUCGCUAUCAAUUUUGGCCGAAGAACAUGGUGCCGGAAAGUGUUAAAGUGCUAUUGUUAAUCGAGCGAUUUUUGUCGAGACAUCAGCGACAUGCACCGCCUUUGAUUCAGUGUGAAACUGGAGUUAAUCAAAGUGCGGUUUUUGUGUUUGUCGAAGCGAUGCAUACGCAUUUGAUGGAAAAUCGAUUUGUUGAUGUGAGUCGAGAAUGAGAGUUAUGACGUGGCAAAUUGAUUUUUUUGCAGAUCGAGGCGGUUUUCACAAAUAUUCGAAAACAACGAAUGGCCGCAAUCACUCAAAAAGUUCAUUUCAUUUACUCGAUUUAUACAAUUCUCUCAAUUAUUCGAGUAUGAACUUUUUGAAAAUUUCGACAGAAAAAACCUAAAAAUCUUGAUUUUCCAGAUGCGUUUCACAAUGCGUAACAAACAUUUGAAUGUGAUUCGAUCAAUCGAUACUAUUGAGCAACAAUUGUAUCAGCAAUUUGCGAAGCAGAUUUCUGAGGAUACUAGUGAUACACGACAACGUUCACCAACUCCAGCUGAAUUGUUGCCGAGUUAA